AAGACCCCUUUAACCAAAAUGCAGAGCCAGUUAAAUGUCCUUCCGUGACCGAAGACACUUCAAAUAGCAAAUUUUUUAAUGUUGGGGUCAAACCAGGUGUUUCGACUAACAUGUUUGAAAUAACUUUCACUUGUGACCCAUUAAUUAAUGCGACAACUUGCGAUAAAGCAAAAAAAUCAUUUGAGAAAGCAGGAGAAAUAUUUUCCAGCGUUUUGUUACUGAAUACUCCAAUACGAAUAAAUGCUAGUCUAAUACCAUUGUCUGAUGACACAAUUUUAGUCAAACAAUUUCAAUUCCCUACACAUCCAGAAUAUGCAAGCGAUGAUAUUAUUGCUGUAUUCAAUUCUCGUUCAGAUUAUUAUUUCGAAGACGACCCAAUAGUCGGCCCUCAACCGAUAGGAUUUCUAGAAUUAAUAGUACAUGAAAUCGUUCAUGGUCUUGGAUUUAUAACAAGUUGGAAACCCCUUUUAAAUUCUAAUGUAACCACUGAAUUAGUUCCAAGAUUAAACAUAACAAUGGAUGGCGAUUCAACUAAGCCUUUAACAUAUUAUGGAUUUGUUGAAACUAUAUUUGAUGCAUUUUUAGUAACAGCUGAAGGAGAUAAAUUUUCAAAUUUUACUGAUCAAUUGAAUAAUUUUACUCCACUCGGAACAAAAUUCCAAAAUCAACAGGCUUUUUUGGAUUCUUUUAUGAAUUCAACUCAAUAUAAUAUUGCAAAAAUGGUAUUGAACUAUUCACAAACACCAAACUCUAUGGUAUUUUUAGCAAAUCCUCAAUCCGAACUCAUAUGGUUGGAAACUACUUUGUUCCCAUAUCUGAAAGGAAGUAGUAUAUCACAUUUUAGUCUACAAAUUUAUGAUAAUACGACCGAUUUUUUAAUGACUUAUCUGCAACGCCCUGGCCGAAGUUUGGAAACUGCUAUGAAACAAAACAAUGCAACUUGUGCAAUUGGUCCAAAAUUACUAUUAUUACUUGAAACUAUAGGUUAUGCAACACCUAACAAACCAAACCCUGAAAUACCGUCACCAAUAGAUCCCCCUCCGGUAAAUGUAACAAAGACAUCGAAAGAUUAUAACGUCAGUAUUUCCAGUAGUUCACCUAACAUAUCACGACCUACCAACGCAUUGUCUAAUGCCGGAUGUGUUAUAACCAAUAAUUACGGGUGGAUAAAUCUCGUGGUUAGUUUGAGUGUUGGUA